AUGCUGCGGUCCUGUCUUCUCGCUCGGAACCUAGGAGCAAGCACACGAACAGUCACUCCGAUUAGGCCCUUCUCUCUAUCCGCCUAUUCCCUUGGCUCCAAACCCCUCCCUGCCCGGUUAAAGAUCGAGGAUGCCGAUCUGACUGUGUCAUACCUCAAGGGCUCCGGCCCCGGAGGCCAGAAAAUUAAUAAAACGAACUCCGCAGUUCAGCUGAUCCAUAGACCUACCGGCAUUGUGGUCAAGUCGCAGGCGACCCGUUCGCGCUCCCAGAAUGAGAAGAUUGCGCGCCAACUCCUGGCCGAUAGGGUUGAGCAGCUGCAGAGUGGCGAUCAGAGUCGAAUUUCUCUCAAAGCGGAGCAGGCGCGAAAGAAGAAAGCUAGUAAGGUGAAGAAGAGCCGCAGAAAGUAUCGCGAAUUGGAAGACCAGCAGGACCAGCAGGACCAGCAGGACCAGCAGGGGGCUCUCGAAGAGGGCGCUGAGGAACGCCGUCAAGAGUCGGAUGGGAAAGAGGUGCCUUCUCAUUCUUCGUGA